AUGGUCCAAUUAGUAGAAGUGGAGGAUGAGCAUUUCCAGCAGCAGCAGCCGGGGCCGGAGGAGGAAGAUGAUUUCACAGAUACGGACUCGGAAAUCUCGACAGAUUCAGAUUUCGAUCCAAGCCGCGAGACUUUUGCAGACCGGCUCUUCGCUCUACGUGAUAUUGUCCCCCCCACAGCACGAGGAUGGUUUUACGGUAAAUACCAGUUUGGGAACCACAUUGUUCGAACAAGCAUUAGCUUUCUCGGCCGCGCCGCUUGGACCAUCUCUGUGAGCGCUCUACUGGUUGGUAUUCCCUUCGCUCUGUCUUGGGCCGAGGAGCAAAACAUCGUUGCCAUGGAGCAGGAACAGCGCAUGAGAGAGAUGGGAAGCGAACUGUUGACGGCAGGUGCUGGCGAAAAGCGUGAGGGCGACACCGCAACCCAAGUGGGCGCAGCAUUGGGAGGCACCGGGGCAAGACCGGCGUUGUAG